UCCCGGCGGCCGUCGGUGGCCCCGGACUUCGCGCUGGUGCCGCGCUCAGGGCGUGCCGCGCGCCCCGUCGCGCCCCGGAGCUCUCUCGGUCGCCCCCGUCGGGCGGGAUGGAGGCGGACGGGGACCCCGAGGAGCUGGCCCAGCUCCGCUCAGUCUUCGCGACCUGCGACGCGAACCGCUCGGGGCGCCUGGAGCUCGAGGAGUUCCGCGCGCUGUGCUCGGAGCUGCGCGUGCGGCCGGCCGACGCCGAGGCCGUGUUCCGGCGGCUGGACGCCGACCGCGACGGCACCAUCACCUUCCAGGAGUUCGCGCGCGGCUUCCGCGGGGCCCGCCGUGGGGGGCGCCGCCGGGGCUGCGGGGCGCCCGCCGAGGCCCGCGCCGGGUCCGACCGAGGGGACAGCGAGGGGGACGACGGAGACGAGGACGUGGCGGCGGCGCGGGCAACUCCCUGGGGCCCAGCGAGCCCGGGCCAGGCUUGGCAGGACUUCCAGGCGCGACUCGGGGACGAGGCCAAGUUCAUCCCCAGGAAAGAGCAAGUUAGUACCUUGUAUCAAAAUAUCAAUCUUGUGGAACCCAGACUGAUUCAGCCAUAUGAACAUGUUAUAAAGAACUUCAUCCGUGAGAUCAAACUUCAAAGCACGGAAAUGGAAAACCUGGCCAUUGCAGUGAAGAGAGCCCAGGACAAGGCAGCCAUGCAGCUGAGUGAGCUGGAAGAGGAGAUGGAUCAGAGGAUUCAGGCUGCAGAACACAAGACACGGAAAGAUGAAAAACGCAAAGCUGAGGAAGCUCUCAGUGACCUCAGACGUCAGUAUGAAACAGAAGUAGGAGAUCUACAGGUGACGAUAAAAAAACUCAAAAAGCUAGAAGAACAAUCAAAACAUGUAAGUCAAAAAGAAGAUGUGGCUGCAUUAAAAAAACAAAUCUACGAUUUAUCAAUGGAAAAUCAGAAAGUUAAGAAAGAUCUUUUAGAAGCACAGACAAGCAUAGCCUUUCUUCAGAGUGAAUUGGAUGCUUUGAAAAGUGAUUAUGCUGAUCAGAGUCUGAAUUCUGAAAGGGAUCUGGAAAUUAUCCGAGAGUACACAGAAGAUCGAAAUAGUCUGGAGAGGCAAAUUGAAAUACUCCAAACAGCUAACAGGAAACUGCAUGACAGUAAUGAUGGCCUAAGGAGUGCCCUCGAAAACACUUACAGCAAGUUGAACAGAUCCUUGCGCAUAAAUAAUAUAUCACCAGGGAAUACAAUUUCUAGAAGCAGUCCCAAAUUCAAUGGUCAUUCUCCUCAACCUCUGGGCUAUGACAGGUCAUCCCGCUCUUCCUAUGUGGAUGAGGACUGCGACUCGUUGGCCCUCUGUGAUCCUAUGCAGAGGACGAAUUGUGAAGUUGACAGCCUGCCCGAGAGCUGCUUUGACAGUGGCUUGUCCACCCUGAGAGAUUCCAACGAGUAUGACUCGGAGCUGGAAUACAAACACCAAAGGGCAUUUCAGAGGUCACAUGGAACUCAGGAGGGCUUUGCGGGCGAUGCCUCAGACACGGAUGUUCCUGAUAUAAGGGAUGAAGAGACGUAUGGCUCAGAAGGCAUGGCUUCCGUGUUAGACUGGAAACCCCAGGGGUCUGUUAGUGAAGGCAGCGUUGUUAGUUUUUCAAGAAAGCCCAUCUUGGCACUUUCACCCCAGACAGACAUGGUGGAUGAUAACCAUAAAUCUUCCAGCUCACAGAAGGCUUACAAGAUUGUGCUUGCUGGGGACGCCGCAGUGGGAAAGUCUAGUUUCCUUAUGAGACUUUGCAAGAAUGAAUUUCGAGGAAAUACAAGUGCCACCCUGGGAGUUGAUUUUCAAAUGAAAACCCUCAUUGUAGAUGGGGAGCGAACAGUACUGCAGCUUUGGGAUACGGCUGGUCAGGAGAGAUUCAGAAGUAUUGCCAAGUCUUACUUCAGAAAAGCAGAUGGUGUUUUGCUGCUGUAUGAUGUUACAUGUGAGAAAAGCUUUCUUAAUGUACGAGAAUGGGUAGAUAUGAUUGAGGAUGCCACCCAUGAAAGUAUUCCUAUCAUGCUGGUAGGAAACAAGGCUGAUCUUCGUGACACUGCUGCUGCAGAAGGACAGCAAUGUGUCCCAGGAUACUUUGGAGAAAAACUGGCCAUGAAUGGUUACACAGUCAUGAUUGCUUUUGCUCGUGUCAGCAAGCAUCGGCCGGGGAUGGGAGCCAGGUUCCAGAGAGUUAAGAGUGAGCUGGAAGUGAAAAAAAGAACUGAUGAGGAUGACAGCAGAUCCAUCACCAAUCUGACUGGGAGCUCCAAACAGUCAGCCCACAUGAAGAAUUGUUGCAAGGGUUAAACCCGAAACAUCCUUGGCCUGUGAAGCCUUCACUUCCGGAAUACAGGAUGAGUGUGACAUGUUGGCCGCUUACACAGAGGCGUGCAGCCUGUGGACACUGUCAUAUGGAGAGUUACACAUGGGAAGUCUGAACUGUGUUCUCAGUCCUUCCAGAACCUCACCUCUUCUUUGCUACGUUUCCAUGAAUGAUUUGAGUCCUCUGGUUCAAUAUACUUGUCAUGCUCUUACAGAGUCUUAAAAGAUAACAUGUAAAUGUUUUUUAAGUGAUGAAAAAAAAUCACAUGCUCAGAUAAGAGCUAUAGAAGAAACUCAGUGAUAUAAUUAGAUUCAUGUGGUAGCCGACUUCGUAGAUAAUCUAUGACAACAUUUCCCUCACAUACUCAAUGCUAGAGUAGUAGUAUAAUAAAAGGGGGUUUUGCUGUUAACCAGCCUUGUGGUCUCGGACAUGUCAACAGCCCACGUUACAUCUGUUUCCUCGUCUGUAGAAGAAGGCACC